AUAGGAAAGCCGUCUGGAGGCAUGGCGGAUGGCUUGGCGAGACAAUCCCCGGAGGCCAAUCGCGCUGGGAGGUGUGAGCGGUGCCGCCCGGUUGCCGGGGUCGUAGCCAAUGAGGAAGAUCCAGAUAGGCGGAGCUUAGUGGCGGGUGGCUCUGGGGUUCCGUGUGGAAAGGAGUGUUAGGGGGUUCGGGUGCAAAGUUUAGUUUCAAACCGUCUGCAAAGAGCGGCGGGGUGGUUGCAGACGCUUCUCGGAACGCGGUCUAUAUAGAAGGGAGACGGCGCGGCGGCGGAGCCACAGAGAGACGGUUCGUCGAUAGUGACGAUCACAACCCUUUUGGCCCGUGGGCGAGCAGUAGCCCCGGCGCUGGUGGAAGAUUACUGCGGAGACUAGCCGCGCCAAUAGCGGUGGUUUCACCGGCGGCAGCGGCCGUGGCACCUCGGCUGGCCGACGAGAGGCGUUGCUUACCCCGCUCAUCUUCCCUCGCAGAUUCGGCGCGGCAGCGGCAGCGGCGCCUUUCCUAGGCGGCUGAGUGGCUCCGCAGGCCGGCAGCAUGGGCGUGGAGAGCCCGGGCGAGCGACCGGCUCCGGCUCGGGGGCGGCACGGCCGUCGGCGGGUGCGCCUGAUGUGCAUGCUGGCGCUGACUUUCGGCUUCUUCGUGGUGGAGGUGGUGGUGAGCCGCCUGACGGCCUCCCUCGCCAUGCUCUCGGACUCCUUCCACAUGCUCUCCGACGUGAUGGCUCUGGUGGUGGCCCUGGUCGCCGUGCGCUUCGCCCAGCGCACCCGCGCCACCAAGAAGAACACCUUCGGUUGGGUGCGGGCCGAGGUGAUGGGCGCCCUGGUCAACGCCGUCUUCCUGACCGCGCUCUGCUUCACCAUCUUCCUGGAAGCCAUCGAGCGCUUCACCGAGCCCCAUGAGAUCGAGCAGCCCUUAGUGGUCAUCGGCGUCGGAGCCGCCGGGCUGCUCAUCAACGUCCUGGGGCUCUGCCUCUUCCACCAGCACGGCGCCGGCGGCCACGGCCAUUCGCAUGGCGGGAACGGAGGGGGAAGCCACCGCCGGAGCGGUGCCCGAGGCAAGGCGGAGCCGCCUCCCGGCGACCUACAUAAAGAAGAGGAGACCAACACCCUGGUGGACAAUUUCAACAGCUCCAAUGGAGUCAGCCUGGAGAAGCUGGGUGAUGUAGUAAAAGACAGCCAAAUGGAGUUGCAACCAAAUGGAAAUAUUAGCAAUCACUCCUCUAUAGAUAUGGAGAUUGACGAAGAUACCAGUGCUCAGCUCAAUAUGCGUGGAGUGUUCCUUCAUGUUCUUGGAGAUGCCUUGGGUUCUGUUAUUGUAGUAGUGAAUGCCAUAAUAUUUUACUCUUCCUGGACUCCAUGCCCGGAGGUUGGGGAUUGCAUCAAUCUUUGUGUUAAUGACCACUGUAAAAACUCCACUCAGCUUUCUUCAAUGGAACUAGAGCAAAUCCCUGUAGCUGGUCCUUGUUGGGUUCUGUAUUUAGAUCCUGCACUUUGUCUGAUUAUGGUGUGCAUUCUACUCUAUACUACUUAUCCUCUGCUUAAAGAAUCUGCUCUUAUUCUUUUGCAAACUGUUCCUAAGCAAAUUGAUAUUCGCUCGUUAAAUGAGAAACUCCGUAAACUGGGAGAUGUAGAAGCUGUCCAUGAAUUGCAUGUGUGGCAGCUGGCAGGAAGCAGGAUAAUUGGCACUGCUCACAUAAAAUGUAAGGAUCCAGAAUCCUACAUGAAAGUGGCAAAAGAUAUUAAGGAGAUUUUUCAUGAUGAAGGGAUACAUGCAACAACCAUUCAGCCUGAGUUUGCCAUUGUAAGCUCUGAUGAAGGUGUAAGUAAAUGUGAACUUCCCUGCAGAAUCCAGUGUGCUCUGAAACAGUGUUGUGGGACUCUGGAAAAAGCUACAGGAAAGAAGAUAGAAAAGUCCCCUUCAGUUAGUAUUUCUUGCUCUGAAAUAGUUAUUGACUCUCCAUAUCACAAAGCCCGGAGGACUAAAUCAGAAUGCAUACCUGCUAUAAAAUUAGAAGCAGAGCCUAAUCCCAACAAACAGUUUGAAUCAUCUUUGUAAUUUGUAAAGUUAUGCUGAAUGAAGUAUGGCUUCAACUACAAAUUAAUUGCAAGAAAAAAAACCAUUAUUAAAAAGAGAAGUUGCAAAGAAAUGUAGUUAUGAAGUUCAAUCCUUGUCACAACAGGGAAAUCCUGUUGAAAAGAACAUGCCGUCCUGAUAUAACUUAACGUUUGUGUUAACUUGAGGCUAAAUGGCACAACAUUAAUGCAGAGCCAGUUUCAACUUUAUGCCCGAUGCAUUGAAUUAAAAAUUAAAAUGAUUCUAUAAUAAUUCCCUUUUCCCUGAAAUUAGUUUGUAUUAAGCUUAUUGGAAUUGUUCUUUCUGCUUGUUGAUUUGUGUAUGUUUGUGUGUGUGUGUGUGUGUGACCUUUUUAAAAAUUACAACUAUCAGAAGAAGACACCAAACUUGACGGAAUCUUUUCAAAAGGUUAACCACUUAGGACAUGGUUACAUUUCCUAUUAGAUGAAAAUGAAUACUAUUUUAAAACAAAUAUACUAUGUAGUAUUAAUAAUGGCAUUUUAAAAUAUGUCUAGUUCCAUUGACAAAUAUCUCAUAUUCGUAUUGGCCCUGUGACUUAACAAAAAUCAGCUUACUAAAUAUGAAUUGGAAAAUUACUUGCAUAUCAUCUGAACUGUAAGAUGUAAGACAAAAAUAGGUUACACUUUCUCUUUCCUUUCUUCCUUAUUAUAUAAAUCUUAGAAUUUAAACUCUAUAAUAGAGUUUGCUGGGACUAGAGAGCCAGAGCUGGUCUCUGUCAUAGCAGUGUUAUCUGUGGUGUAUUGGAAUAGAGAGAUUGCAUCUGAUUUUUAAAUUAAAAAAUGGAAAAAAUGUAUCAGAUCAAUUCAUCAGCAUAUAUUUGCUAAAAUUUUAAUAUAUUUCUUACUUUUGUAAACAUAUUUAUGACUUAACUGAGCCAUUUAUUUUUUUGGUUGGAUAAAAUUACUUAGCUGAAAUAUUCAAUUCAUAAUGAAUUCUCGACAUCAGCCUAUGGAACAAGAUUGCUGCCUGCAGCACUGGUUCAGAUAUCAUGAUACAUUUUAUUUGUGAAGAGGGAAUGAAUUGCAGCAAACCUGGAGCCGAUGGCCACAUGCAUUCUCUCCAGCCCAUCCAUGAGAACUAAUGAUAAAUUUUUGCUUAUUAGCUUCACUUUGGUGUUCUACCCAAAUCCUAAACCAUUAUUUUAAUUUAUUUUCAAAAUAACAUACAAGGAAUUCAAAAAUUCAAGGAACGAGAUUGAGUUGGAUGGAAUUCUUACAGAGAAAUAUGGUUACUGCUAGCUACAGUUUGCCAGGUUUGGAAAAGCCCAAAAGUGAUUUAUUAUAAGAGAAGCAAAUACUUCUGGGUUUUCUUUUAGCCAUGUAAGAGGGGACUGGAAGGCAUAUGAGGCAAAAUCUUCAUUCCAUUUGUAGUAAAACCAUUUUCUCCAACUAUAUUCCAGAUGAUUUGGACCAUCUAUAGUAUGCCCAAUAGUUAGGAGCAAUGAGAUAAAUUAGUUCGAAACAUUUGGAAAGCACUAGAUUGCUGGACACCAUUAUAAAUUACAGUUACUGUGAUGUCUGAACAACCUUCAGUCAGUACUCUUACCUGUGACAGUUUGCAUAGUCCGACGCAAUUCCUACUUAAUUCAAUCUUUGAAAGAUUUUAAAGGCAAUUCCACAAAGUACUUUGUAAAAUAGAGGAGAGUGUCUCAGUUCUGUUAGUCAUUUGUACAUGGAUUUAUAAACCUCUAGCUCAGGGGUGUCAAACUGCCGACCCAUGGGCCGGUUUCAUCAUACCGGAGCCACGCCCACCCCAUUGCCGGCAAUGGCGAAAAAGCUCCGAUAUGUCGCGCAAGGUCAUGUGAUGUCGUGAGUUUGACAUGCCUGCUCUAGCUUAAAUAUUGUUCCACUUGUUACAUGUUUUAAGCUGUAAAGUAGGGCUGAUUAUAAAUUCUCAGUUGACAAUGUCAAUACUGAAGCAUUUUUAGAGCUAUUAACAUUUUUUUACAAUAGUUAAAUAGUUUUUUUCCAAUAGUUCUAAAACGCAUAGAGAAAAGCCAACAAAUAAAGCAGGUGUGGUAAGUAUUGCAGUCCGUCUUUAUAUUACAAAAUAAAACUAUUACAUAGUUAACGUUAUGGUGUGUUACAUUUGACUUCUAAAAUGAUCAAAUACAAGCAAGGCAUUUGUGCUUUUUUUGUUUAAAUGCUACUUAUUAAUACUUACAAUUAGUUUCCAUACAUCAUUCCAACAAGCAUGAAAUAAUUGUGUGAUAUAAUUCUCAUGUUGCUAGCCUGAUUGAAAAAAAUGUUUUGAAAAUCUCAUGUUUUUCUAUUUUAUGGACAAUAUAAUAUUCACAGAGCCAGAACUGGAAAUGUGCAAGCAUGUAUAUAUGUAUGAACACACAAAAAAGCUAAAUAAUAUUAUAAAAUAUUAUAAAUUAAAAGUUUUGCAGUUAAAGCUUCAUAAUUUUUGAAUGCUUUAGUUUGUGCUCAUUAAAAAUUAAAAACUUCACUUUUUAACCUUUUAGCAUGAAUUGGCUGAUUUUAUUUAGGUUAGUUUGUGUACACAGUGGAAUAUACAGUAAUAGGCUAUUUCUGAUUUUCAUUUCUUUGAAAAGAAAAUUUGUUACAUCAUCUCAGUAAAGCAUGAAGUUUAACCAAUUUUGAGUAUGUAAUACAGUGAUAAAAUAGGAAAGCAUCUUACAUUUUGUCAGGUUUUGUCCUGCUUUUUAUUAUACAACAGCUUGUUUUUGUGGCAGAAUAUGUUGUAUCAUACCUAUUUUCACAGUGAAUGUUUCAGGAAUAUUAGCCAGGUCAUAUCCUAGUUAUAUUUGAAAUAAAAUGGAACAUCUUGAAUAUCUUUAACUACAGGAUGCUUUUUUCUUUAUGUAUUUGAUCAUAUUGAAUAGUGGAGCCAAUUUUGCAAGCCUUUUUUUCUUCUGAUUGGCACUGUCGGGUGUGUGUGUGAAUGUUUCAAUUAGAGUUACACCAGUGAUAGUGGACACAUUCUGCUUCAUAUGUGUUUUUGUGAUAACCGUUCUACAAUAAAUGUGAGAUUGCUCUGUAAAUCUAUUUUGCUGCAAUUUCGCAUGAUUCCAUCCCCCCAAAAGUUAUAGUGUAUAUAUCCAUCAUGUGCUUUUAAUCACAAAUGCACAAUUGAUCAAGUGCUGUGUCAUUCUAUGAUAUGUAACGUGUAAAUACUCAAAUGAUGGUAAGUGAUUAUCUUUUACUACUUAAGUGUUUGAAGGAGUUGCCUGUAAAAGAAAGAUAUGCCUUUCUAAAGCAGGACUAUGUGUUUAAAAGUGUUACCGAAAGUUUUGCGGACUGCUUCAAAACUAAUUGAAGAACUACUGCUCCAGAUCUCUUUGUUAAGGUUUGCCUUUCUGUUAGCCAUGAGCACUGGGCAAACUUGCUGUAUGGAGCUUGUAGCUGGGACCUGUUUUAGAAAGAACCGAGUACUGGGUCCAUUGAGUUAAUGGGAAACAGUGGGGAUAAAUGCACUUUUUGACACUUCUCCUUGAAGGGGGAAAUCAUUUUAACUUUACAUCUCCGUUUUGAUUUUUUUUAAAGUUUUAUGAAACAUGUAUUGCAUAUGUAAGGUAUUAAGUACAAUAUUUAAAUAUGCUGCUUUAAUUUCCCAACAGCAUCAAUGUAGCAUUUUUGGGACUCUGGCUUAUGUUUACAGAACCUAUAAUGUAGAUUGUUUCUAUCUUUCACUAACUCAUUGCCUCUUGGUGGAUUGAAUGGUACUAAUACUUCAUGUGCCUGAAAUAAGGUAUUUGAUCAUAUUAUUCUUCUGUGUUAAACCAAAUGCAGCCUUACUGUUAACAGGAGCUUUCAUUCAUUUGUAUGAUAUUAGGUUAUAUUGUUAAAUUGAUCAUGUGAAGACCACUUCCAUGUUUUAGAAAUAUGUGAGCCUUAUUUUUUCUCUCCACUUGCUGGAUUUAUAUAUUAAAAUAUUCUGAAGCAUAGCCUCCAAAUCCACAUGCUCUUCUGUAGGGAGGGAGGCAACCUUUUGCACUCUAGGGGUUGUGUUUGAAACCAUUGUUUGGGAGAUCUGGAUGGUAUGUCUAUAUUGAUUACAGUACUUUCGAUAACAAUGAGCCUCUGUUAAACCAGUCAUGCUAUGGUGGGGUUUUUUUUUGCAUAUAAAUUAAAGAUUGAGAAGGAAAUAAAUGUUGUUAAAUAAACUUGA